CCUCGCGUCCCGUGCGCGCCCACCAGGCGCCGCGCCCGCUCGCGGCGGGGACCCGGCCGGUGCGCGGCAGACCUCCGGCCCCGCGGCGGCGCCUCUCGCUGCCCGCUCCGUGCCGGGCCCGGCGGGCGGCGCUGCCCGCUCCGGGGCGAUGCGCUGAGCGCGCCGAGGGCCGAGCUCUGGGACGACGGCGGCGGGUGGAGCCGAGCCCAUGGAGCCGGCGGGUACCCGGCGGAGCCGGCGGACGCCGCCGCCGCUGCUGUUGCUGCCGCUGCUCGUGCAGGUGGCGGGGCCGGCGGGCGCCCUGGCCGAGACCCUGCUGGACGCGCCGCGGGCCAUGGGCACCAGCUCCAUCCCGCCCAGCCCCGCGAGCGUGGUGGCUCCGGGCACGACGCCGUUCGAGGAGAGCCGACUGCCCGUGUUCACCCUGGAUUACCCCCACGUGCAGAUCCCCUUCGAGAUCACCCUGUGGAUCCUGCUGGCCUCCCUGGCCAAGAUCGGCUUCCAUCUGUAUCACAAGUUACCCACCAUAGUACCUGAGAGCUGCCUCCUCAUCAUGGUUGGACUUCUGCUGGGUGGGAUUAUUUUUGGAGUGGAUGAGAAAUCCCCCCCGGCCAUGAAGACGGAUGUGUUUUUCCUGUACCUCCUCCCCCCGAUCGUGCUGGAUGCGGGCUAUUUCAUGCCCACCCGCCCGUUCUUCGAGAACAUCGGGACCAUCUUCUGGUACGCCGUGGUCGGAACGCUUUGGAAUUCCAUUGGCAUCGGGGUGUCUCUGUUUGGCAUCUGCCAGAUCGAAGCCUUCGGCCUGACUGACAUCACUUUGCUCCAGAACCUGCUCUUCGGCAGCUUAAUCUCGGCCGUGGACCCCGUGGCCGUGCUCGCCGUCUUCGAGAAUAUCCACGUCAACGAGCAGCUCUACAUCCUGGUCUUUGGGGAGUCCCUGCUGAAUGAUGCCGUGACAGUGGUCUUGUACAACCUUUUCAAGUCUUUCUGUCAGAUGAAGACCAUCGAGACCAUCGACGUGUUUGCCGGAAUCGCCAACUUCUUCGUCGUGGGGGUUGGCGGGGUGCUGAUCGGCGUCUUCCUGGGCUUCAUCGCGGCGUUCACCACUCGCUUCACACACAACAUCCGCGUGAUCGAGCCGCUCUUCGUCUUCCUGUACAGCUACUUGUCCUACAUCACAGCCGAGAUGUUCCACCUGUCAGGCAUUAUGGCAAUCAUAGCCUGUGCCAUGACCAUGAAUAAGUACGUGGAAGAAAACGUGUCUCAGAAAUCCUACACGACCAUCAAGUAUUUCAUGAAGAUGCUAAGCAGCGUCAGCGAGACCCUGAUCUUCAUCUUCAUGGGCGUGUCCACCGUCGGGAAGAACCACGAGUGGAACUGGGCCUUCGUCUGCUUCACCCUGGCCUUCUGCCUGAUCUGGAGGGCGCUGGGUGUCUUUGUCCUGACUCAGAUCAUUAACUGGUUCCGGACGAUCCCCCUGACCUUCAAGGACCAGUUCAUCAUUGCCUACGGUGGGCUCCGCGGGGCCAUCUGCUUCGCGCUGGUGUUCCUCCUUCCUGCCGCCGUGUUCCCCCGGAAAAACCUGUUCAUCACGGCGGCAAUAGUGGUCAUAUUUUUCACUGUCUUCAUCCUGGGAAUAACUAUCCGACCGCUGGUGGAGUUCCUUGAUGUUAAGAGGUCCAAUAAGAAACAGCAAGCAGUCAGUGAGGAAAUCCAUUGUCGGUUUUUUGAUCACGUGAAGACCGGGAUUGAAGAUGUUUGUGGACACUGGGGUCACAACUUUUGGAGAGACAAGUUUAAGAAGUUUGAUGACAAGUACCUGCGGAGGCUUCUGAUUCGGGAGAACCAACCCAAGUCAAGCAUUGUGUCUUUAUAUAAAAAGCUUGAAAUAAAACACGCCAUUGAGAUGGCAGAGACGGGAAUGAUGAGUACUGUCCCUUCUUUUGCAUCUCUGAAUGACUGUCGUGAAGAAAAAAUAAGGAAGCUCACACCUGGUGAAAUGGAUGAAAUUCGAGAAAUAUUAUCAAGAAAUCUCUAUCAGAUCCGUCAGCGAACUUUGUCCUACAACCGACACAAUCUGACUGCCGACACGAGUGAGAGGCAAGCCAAGGAGAUCCUGAUCCGGCGAAGGCACAGCCUUCGGGAAAGCAUUCGGAAGGACAGCAGCUUGAAUCGGGAGCACAGGGUUUCCACCUCCACCUCCCGAUAUUUAUCCUUACCAAAAAACACAAAGCUUCCAGAAAAGCUACAAAAGAAAAAGAAUGUUUCUAAUGCAGGUGGCAACAGCAGCGACUCAGACCCAGACGGCGGGACCACCGUCCUCAACCUGCAGCCCCGAGCCAGGCGCUUCUUGCCGGAACAGUUCUCAAAGAAAGCCCCCCAGGCCUAUAAAAUGGAAUGGAAGAACGAGGUACACGCUGAUUCCGGGCAAGGGCAGCCCUGCAGCUCCCCAGCCGCCCACGGCAAAGAGGGGGGCCCCCAGGCCCCAGGCGUGCUCUGCCAGCCCCUCCUCUCCGAAGGCCACUUUGGCUCCGUGUGGGGCGACCCCAUGAACGAAGGCAUCCGACCCAAGGCGCCACCUAGGCUGGUCCGAAGGGCAUCGGAACCUGGAAACCGGAAAGGUCGAUUCGGGAGUGAGAAGCCUUAAUGGAAAUGGCCAAAGCGGACCUGGGGGGCCCGGCCCUGCCCAGCUGUGGCCGCUUACCCAGCAACCUGACACAGCAAGGGACUCCACUCCCAACCCUCUGUGCAUCUAAAUACUGUCCUUGGGUGGCAGAGCCAUGCCUUCGAUCCACGGGGCGGAUGCUUAUCCCAAGAAGAAGAAAAGCAAACAGGCAAAAGGCCCCUAAAAUGUCUCAUGUGACCUGUUGCUAGCAGUUGUAUUCUUUGCAAGCCUGAAGAAAAAAAAGCCACGUGUGCCUUUAUUGAACUUGAAGGACAGAACUUGAAAUUUUUAACACACCCUUGUUGGUGAAAGUUUUAAUAUAUACAUAUAUGCCUCAGAUUUUAUUUAUGAAAAAAAAAAACAUGUAUAUCUGUAAUUAGUUUUUCAGUGAACAGCACUAAAAAUACUCAGAAACACCUUCGCAUGGCAUCCAGGGCAGCUCCUAGAGGAUGGGGGUGGGCAUCAGCUCGGGGUGGAGGUGUUUCCCGGUCCUGAGCUGAUGCCAGCUGCUGGUUACGGAAAAGCACAGCACGGAGCUGGGACCCCCGAGCACGGCAACAGCCAGGGCAUCCGGGCGGAACCUCGUGGCCUGGCUCCCAGAGCGCAGCGCCUA